CCUGACACAGUCACAACCUCUCAAUGUCCUUCCAAUUAGCUGCACUCACUUUCCAUGCCAGUGUGAGGGGGGCUGCAAGACUGGGAGGGAUUCAUGGGGGGUAUUAGUUUAGCAUUUUACUCACAUAGGAGCAAAGAGGGGGAGAAGGGGAAACAAAUCCUUGGCUGAAAGGCUUUCAAGAGCUCAGGGGCUGUGCAGUUGAAACAUUGGACGGAGGUUGCUUCUUCCCCAGCCCAGAGCAUUUCCAUGAAAGUGAGUUUACUGAGGACAUGUGUGCGAGGGUGUCUCCUAGAUAAGGCUGCUAUCUCUGCCCUGCAUGCAGCACUACUACCAACUGCCACUUCUACUACUCCGAGGGGACUCUGCAACUGCCAACAGCAUCAAUAGGGUCCUUAUCCCUCCCACCCACAGAGAAACAAACAAAACUCUUCAGACUUUAUCUGACGCCAGUGCUGCACUUAUGGCAGGACAAUUCAACGCUGUGCCAUAGAGACACAUACAAAUCUUGAAGCAGAGAAUCUGAUUUAUAUUUGCUCAUCCUUUAAAGGAGAAGGAAAGCUACGGAGGAGUUGCUGGCAACCAUGUCGGUGAAGCUGAGGUUCAGUUCUCCCAGUGACGGCCUUGGAGGAGUCGGCAGGAGCAGGUCCUUCGCUGGCUUUAGCACGUUACAAGUCCGAAAGACCUCACAGUCCCUCCGCAGAAGCUCGGUGAGGUCUAAAGUAUCGGUAAAAUCCGACAAGCUCUAUCCCUCUCUGCGCAAGGGGUCGAUCCGACUGGACCCACAUCCACACCAAGUCAAGAAGAUAUUUGAGGCUCUAAGGAAAGGCUUGACUGAAUACCUUGAGGAACAUCAAACACAGCUGGAUUUCCUGUCCGGCCAACAGAAAGACAUUAAAAGAAACUCCAGGCUGGCCUAUUUCUAUGACCUCGACAAGGAGAUACGUUUAAUUGAGCGGCACAUCCGGAAGCUGGAAUUUCACAUUAGCAAGAUUGAAGAACUCUAUGAAACGUACUGCAUACAAUGGAGGCUGCGGGUCGGCGCUUGUAACAUGAAACACGCUUUCUCCUUAUCUCCGUCUACCAAAGCAUCCAGAGAAAGUCUCAUAGAGCUCUACAAGAACUUCCAAGAAUGCACAGAGGACAUGUGCACGAUUGAAGGAGACCUUGAAGUCCAUUUGGGAGAGUUUCUCAUAAAAAUGAAAGGUUUGGUGGGCUACGCUAGACUCUGCCCUGGAGACCAUUACGAGGUAUUAAUAAGGUUAGGGCGGCAAAGGUGGAGGUUAAAAGGAAAGAUUGAAACAGACGACAGCCAGAUGUGGGAUGAAGAAGAGAGGAUGUUUAUCCCUAACCUCUGCGAAAACUUUGAAAUUAAGGUUAUAGAGCUCCGUGGCCUUACAACCAUCGUGGUGGGGGUGGUGACGUGUGAUAGUGCCGAUUUUUUUACCACCAGACCGAGAAUCAUCAUUGUUGACAUCACAGAAUUGGGGACCAUUAAGCUGCAGCUGGAAGUUAUCUGGAAUCCCUUUAAUACCAGCAAACUCCUCUCAACACCUGGAACAACUACCAAGUUCUCUACAAGCAGCCGCAAAACCUCCCUGUAUCACUGGACCCCACCCAAUACUCCCAGCUUCAGAGAAAAAUUCUGUGUGCAAAGUGACUUGGACAGCACCUUCUCAUCCCUGGACAAGGACAUCCAGACCCCGUAUAUACUAAGUUACCUGGCCAACAGCACUUUGGUUCCUCAGAGAAGAGAACGGAGUCACCAGGUGACCAACAUGGACAAUCUGAGGAACAUGGGGGACAAAUCCGAUGUAAAAACCAACACGAGUACAGUGUCUUCUCGAGAGGACGUUCCACCAUAUUUAUCUUCCCAAGAUCUCUUCAGGGAAGAGAGUUUGUUGCCACCUUCCAGUCACACCACGCUGGAUAUCCUGAAGGAAACCCCAGGUAGCUAUGGAACCCUUCAGACCAUGAAGCCCACAGAACUGGACUUUGACCAGGACACCAGCAGAGAAUCCAUAGGGGACAGCCUGAACAGCAUAUCUUUUCAAGAAGAGACAAUGUAUAGCAGAGCAGAAAGGAUACAUUGUAACGGGAAUCUGAGGAAUUCCAUUGGACAUCAGUUGGAGGAGGUUCUAGAGCUGCUCAAGCUGGAAAAAGUAACGAGGACGAAACUAAAGGAAAUGGAACAACCCAUCUUAAAUUUCAGAGAACGGGUUAAGCAGGAUAAAGAUGCCAGCCAGCAGAAUUUUCCCAUGGACAGAUUGCUGGUAGAGACGGCUUUGGAAAGUUUCGACUUCUUAAACACGGACUUCCAUGCUGAUGAGAUGUCGUUGUUUGGCAGCGUUCGGACUCACAGCAAGAGCACUGGAACUAUACAGGAGAGAGCACUGACAGCCAUAGGGUGCAACAGCCCAAGUGAGCCAAGCACUGGAAAUGAGGAUCUAGACCUGAUCCUCUCGCUCCAUCUGCGAGUCUGCAAAGCACUUUUACAGAAACUAACAUGGCCCAAUACAGCCCGAAUUCUACAGAACCACCUGCUGGAGGAGCUGCGCUGGCAGAAGGAGGUGUUGGACUAUCUCUCCAUUAUCUUUAUCCAGAAGGCUGGAGACAGAGUUUCCAUUGAUGAGGUUAUUCCAAAGAGCAAGAAGAUCCGGCAUUUCCUAAAGCUAUGGAAGAGCUGCACUAGUCCCGACUGCCCCUGGUUCUGCGCUUCCGAAACCUUCCUCGGCUCCAUCAAGAAAAUGUUUGCAGCCAGAAUCAAACGGAAAUAUCCAGGGCAACUAGAAACAGUGUGCAGAAGAGUUCUGGAGCAGAUGUUCAGCUUUGGGGGCAUAUUCCCAGCGGAGGAGUUGUCAGACGGAGUGGUUUCCAUUUUCCUGCUUUAUGGUUACCUGAGAAGACAUCAAGUGUUAGACCUGGAGAAGUACAUUGCUGCCCUUACAAGAGAAGUGACUCUCAUUGAAGCCCUGCAGUUGCCAGGAAGACUAAAAAGAAUUAAAAAAUUAAAGACCAAGCAGAUCUGUCGGCUUCAGCCGCUGCCACAGCUUCUCCGUAUCUUGGCCAAUUUCCAGCUUGAUGAAAACAAGAAAUUGUCUAAAGCCUCAGCAAACUUGCUUUCUAGGGCUUCCUCCAACAAGCAAUUCAAGCACAAGGCAGUUGUGUAUUACACAGAGAUUUUAUCUGGUGAUGAUACAAAGCUCCAGCAAUGCGCCUGUUUGGCUCUCAAGCAUCUAAAAGGGACGGCGAGUAUCGACCAGAUCGCUUCUUUGUGUCAGUCUGAAGUGAAGGACGUGAGGGACAUUGCCAGGGACACAAUCCUCUCCUUCGGUCACAAAGGACGACAGGUGUUUGGAAAGACGGACAAGAGGAGCCGGGAACUGCAGGACACACUGACGCUGGAUGGAGAGAUAGAAAUUACAGUGUUUUAAAGUCUGUCUGUCCCCAAAUAUACAAAAUGUACAAAAUGAAAAGAAUGUAUAUUUAGGUUUCUUUACAUUGCACAUAAAGGUGUUACUUCUCCCGGC